ACAGCUGGCUGGAGGAGGAAGACUCUUACGAAGAGUAAGUUACCAAGGGCUACAGCUGGUUCGUUGACUGGCUGGUUGGCAGGCUGUAACUGUAGGCAGAAGACAGAUCGCCAUGUUUCAAUGCAAGGUGACGUGAUCUAAGUUACGUUGAAACAUCUGUCAGUGAACACACCCGGGGCUUGGCUUGAGAAAUCCGAAGCAGCAGUAACUUACUUGGCAAAAGGAGAAUGAUGAUCCGAGGAACACAAGGCAAGGGAGUAACGUUACGGCUGGUUAACUAGCAGAACGAUGCAUUUCCUGCUGCUCUUCAGUCGCCAAGGCAAGCUCCGCCUCCAGAAGUGGUUCACGCCCAUCCCUGAGCGAGAGAAGAAGAAGAUUGUCAGGGACAUGACCACCAUGGUGUUGGGACGGAAACCACGCUCCUGCAACUUCCUGCACUGGAAAGACCUGAAGAUCGUCUACAAGAAGUAUGCCAGUCUGUAUUUCUGCUGUGGUCUGGAUGCUGAGGAGAAUGAGCUGCUAGCCCUGGAGGUGCUGCAUCGCUAUGUGGAGCUGCUGGACAAGUACUUUGGCAACGUAUGUGAGCUGGACAUAAUCUUUAACUUUGAAAAGGCUUACUUCAUCCUGGAUGAGUUUCUGUUGGGGGGAGAGGUACAGGAGACGUCCAAACAGGUCGUAUCCCGCUCCAUCGAGGCCUCAGACAUGCUACAGGAGGCUGAGGUUGACAACAGUGAUUAUGAUCUGGAGCUUGGAUGGCCUUGAAUUUGGACAAAGACCAUGGAGGAAUACAUGAGCAAGCCUGCGUUCUGAUACUGGAACCGGGGAUCUACACACACAAGAAGGAAUGUGGAAUACAGGACCUUUCCAGAACUGGAAGUCUUCGUACUCUACAGAAUCCAUGGAAUUACGAGUUCUAGAAUUCUAUUUCUAUGAUGGAAUCUGUCUGCUGAGGUGGGCAGGACAUUUUAUCCUGGAUUGAGUGUUCUAAAUACUGCUUUAUUUUUCCUCGUAAGAUAAGGACGAGACUUUAGCUGUUAUUAUUGCUAUGAUCACCCAUCCCCCUGGAUCCUUGAAGUAGUUACUGAAAACUGGUUAUAACAAUCCUAAUAAUAUCACCACAAAGUGCUUUGAAUCAAUUCUUGAUUUCUUCAAUGACAUGUUGUGCAUGUAAGAUGAAUAUGGAAAUUGAAUUUAGAAUAUGUAUUUGAAGUUGUGUUUUAAAUUAAUCUUGUAGACUAGCCUUGUUUUGUAUAAUCUUGGUUGGGACUAGCCUUUUUGGAAAGGGAAUUAUUUAUCUGGGUGAAUGUUACUGUUUGUUUUUUAUAUAACUAAUGAUUGAUUUUUAAAUGUUGAAGACUUUGGCAUUAAAGUGUAUUUUGAUACCUGAA